GAGCCCAGUCCUAGCUGCGACCAUAUCAGUCAACGGCUCAACGCGCACAAGCUCUUGCUUCGCAUUUGUCCCCGAGCCAAGAAGCCAAACUGCGAAAGCAUCCGCGAGAACACGCGCUCCGCACGUCUGAAAUCCAAGACCAUCACCAACCCAAAGUCUUGCGCCUUGCCCGGUCCCCGCCUUUUCGGAGAUCGCACCCAAUGGCCGGCUCAACCAAGGUGCUGGCCGCCAUCCUGCUCGUCGACCUCGUCGCCUUCGGCCUCGCCAUCGGCGCGGUGCAGAGCCGCCCCUCGGCGAGGCUGGAGACGGACGAGAGGCAGGAGUGGACCUACUGCGUGUACCGCACGGACGCCGCCACGGCGCUGGGCGGCGCCGCGCUCGCGCUGGUGUUCGUGGGACAGGCGGUGGCCGCCGCCGCCAGUCGCUGCUUCUGCUGCGGGUCCGUGCUGCGGCCCGGCGGCGCCAGGGCCUGCGCGCUCGUCCUCUUCAUCUCCUCCUGGGUGACAUUCGUCAUCGCUGAGGCGUGCUUGCUAGCUGGUCUUUUGCAAUCCGCCUACCACACUGGCUACCGGAAGGUGUUUUUCCAGAACCCGCCGGACUGCGAGACGGUGCGGAGGGGCACGUUCGGAGCCGGCGCUGCGUUUGCCCUUUUCACCUGCGUGCUCACCUCGGCCUACUACUACUGCUUCUCCAAGGCGCGGAUCUACUACCACCGCCCGGAAGCCGCCAUCGGCAUGACUCCGUUGUAAACAGAUUUACCGGUCUCUCUGCAGUAACAGUUUUGAUAGCAACUAUAUAUGUCUGUUAGGUUUUUGCAUAUAUUGUGUUGGGCUGGUAUGUGACAGUUUUUUCAGGACCAUGUAUCUGACUGAGUUGAACUCAAUCUCUACUAAUAAUUAAGAUCCCUCUGUAGACCGCCCCCGCCCCCUAAAACCCCGCGCCCACCUCCGCCCACCUGCGCACGUCGGAAACGUCGCCGCCAAAUCCGCCCACCUCCGCUCGCCUCGAUCCCAAGCCGCAGUCCCGCCUCAGUCCGCCGCGAAAUCUGCGAUGCCGCCCUACCACCAUCCCCACGCCGCGCCGCAAGCCCGCCGCAAUCCCACACGCCCCACACGCCUCUGCAUCCGACACGACCUCCGCGAACCGCUCGCGCCGACCAUUGCCGCACGCCAUGGUGGAUCCAUGGAACCCCGCACGCCUCAAACCAAGCCGCGACCCUUGGCGAACCGCCCUAGCGCCCGCCCUAACGCCAGCACGCGGCAAUCCCGCAAAUCCCAUCGUGGCCACUGCAGCCACCUCAAAUCCGUUGCGCGUCCAUUGCGGCGGGACAAACUCCCUAAUCCUACUCACUACGCCUUACAUUGAUCAUAUCCCCGCAUGCCAACAUCCUCUUUCCCCUACAUUCCCAAGCCCCCGUCCCUGGAGGAUCCAAAGGAAAAGGAGCUUGCCCCUCUGCCGGAGAGGGAGGAAUUCUAAUAUUGCUUCGGUCGCGGGUGCCUCAACCAAGAUUGUGUGAAUUUGGUAAAGGGAGCCAAGGACAAUCAUUUGAGGGUUAAGGGACCUGUCAGGAUCCCUACAAAGGUUCUCCACAUCACCACUCCCAAGUCCCCUGGCGGUAAAGGUAUCAAGCUAUUUCCUAUCCUCUGCUGUUGAAGCUGUUCUCCACAUAACUUGCAUUGGAGCUAUAAUCUGAAUCAGAGGUGAAGGCUUUACCAAUGUACCUUGUUUUAUGUUACCCUGUUUUCUGUUAAGUAUGUUUGAGUCCUUCCAUGGUCCCUUUUCAGCCUUAAGGCAGCCUCCUUAUUCAAUUCACUGAGCAUUUUUUAUCAAAUUAAAUAAUAAUCAUAAGAGAUCAAUUAAGAAAAUAUUAUGCUAUUGUUAAUUUUAUUUUGGAUUCCAUUUUUUUCCUUAAACAGAUUUUUCUUACUACUAUAACAUGUAAAAGUAUUGUAUCUAUCCUGCACCAUGGGAGGUGAUUUUUGUUAUUUUUACGUUAUUAUCUACUCCCUGUGUUCCUAAUUAUUGGUCACUUUGGCUUUUCUAUAGUAUAAUAUUCCAAACUUGUGUGUAUUUCGGGUAUUUAUUGGGGUAGUCUAAACUUUAUAUGCAUACUUCCUGUAUAUAGAGGUUGAUGCUAUUUAUCUAAUGAUAUUGGUAAGGCUUAGCUAAUAGUAUGAUUUGUGUACGGUGAGUUGUAUCCGUUCACAAUUCUCUUUCUCAUAUGAUCCUCGAACCUUCUAUUUUGUAUCUGCCAUUAAGUACAAGAACAAACAGCAUAAAUCAAAUAUUUGCAGUUGUUAAUCUACAGACUGAUAGACGGCACCUUCCGAUCAAUGGCCUUCCAUAUCAUCUGCACGACAUCAUCGGUCUGAGAUGGGUAUUGGUACUCAAAGUGCUUUUCCACUUCCUUUAGCCUGUUCCACAUGCGUGUCCACUCUUCUCGGCUGAUCCCUUUGAUCAGGUUCAUUAGAAACCCCUUCUUUCUCCUGUACAAACGAUAAUAUCUGUUUCAUUAAAGGAAUAGAACAAACAGCUCCAAGUAGAAAUCAUCGACACGCACACCACGCUGGGGCACUGGCCACCAAAUGCGAAACCUGUUCCACGUACUGGAGUGCAGAUAUGGACCCAGAUCUCACAAAGACGCAAACUGCACGGGCGACAACCGACACCCUUGCAUUGUGUAAAAACCCAGACCAACUGCGCACAUCAGGAACAUCCUAAUAUGGCACUGUUGUUG